AUGAUAAGCAGCAUUAUUGAGUUGGUAGGAGAAUUGAAGGAAGCUUUUGUCCCAACCGUGGCCGAAGCUGCCGAAGCGUCUGCUGAAGAACCCAGCAAGAACCACGACGAUGCAGCAGAAGUCGGCGGUGACGAUGAGGAAGAAUCCAAGAACGAGGACGACGCUGAAGCCGAAAAAGACGGCGAUGAAGACGAAGACGAGGACGAGGACGAGGAUGAAGAAGAGGACGAAGACGAGGACGAAGAAGAAGAAGAACAAGUCGACCAAAUGGAUGCUUUGACCGAGGAAUGCAAGAACAGAGAAGACGCAAAGCCACUAGUACACCAUUACAUGGAAUGUGUGGAAAGAGUGCAAAAAGCGCAAGAGGAGCCUGGUUACGCGGACCUUGAAUACAAGGAGGACUGUAUUGAGGAGUUCUUCCACUUGCAACACCACCUCGACGGUUGUGUCGCCCCAAGAUUGUUCGACAGACUGAAGUAA